CUCACUUUCUCCGCUGCCGAGUUUUGCCCUCUUACUUUGAGCGCGUGUUUUGUGUGUGUGUGUGUCUCUCUCUCUCUGUGUGUUUAUGUGUGUGUGUGCACACGAAGGCAGCGGAUGUCAGGCUGCACCGGCGCCCAGUGUUGAUGAAAACUCUCUGGAUUCUUUCAAGCAUGCCCACUGCUCCACAUUCAAAGGCGCGCCUGACCGAAAAUCCUGUCGAGAUGCUGUAAAGCCUCUGAAAUCUCUUCAACGUGUCCACUUUUGUUAAAGGGAAUUGAAUGUUUGCUGCAAAAAUCAGUAGCUCAGCAGUUGGUGGACUAUGGGGACAACUGCCAGCGCUGCCCAGCAAGCCGUGUCCACAGGACCAUGCAGUGACAAUGGGCAGAGCAACGGUACCACCGAUAGCAGGCGUUCCAUCAGUGUCAACUCCUUCCAGACCCUCAGCAUCCACAACAAGGCCAAAUCCAUCAUCACCAACAAGGUGGCACCUGUGUUGAUCACUUAUAACUGCAAGGAAGAGUUUCAGAUUCACGAUGAUCUGUUGAAAGCAAAUUUUGCUGUUGGGAGGAUUUCAGACAACUUACCAGAACAUCAUUUGGUUCAGGGGAAAUAUUUCAUGGUUUGUGACAUCUACAGCAAGAUUGACGUCUUGAACACCUCAGGCAGCCAUGGAGUGCCCAACUUUAGACAGGCCAAGGGGAACUACCCAGUCUUUGGAAUGGGGCAACCCAGUCUGAAUGGUUUCCAAAAGGUUCUCCAGAUAUUUCAACAGGAAGGUUAUGAGGAAGUUCUGUACUUCUGCGUUCGAGAGGAGCCCGUGGUCUUCUUGCGUGUGGACAACGACUUUAUCCCAUACACCCCCAGACGGAAAGAAAAUCUUCACGAGAAUCUUCACAACCUAGGGAGAGAUGUGAAGGUGGAACAGCUGGAGCUGACCAUCAGGAAGGAGCUUUACAACUUUGCUCAACUGAAUGAUAAUAUCAACUAUGUCUAUAAUGACAUCGAACACUUCAAGGACGAGCCUCGAACAGUUUCUACCUGCUGUGUCGAGGACAUCCGUGUAACAGAAGAGGUUUACAAAAGACCCCUCUUUACUAAGUCUUCUUGCAGGUACCAUCGAUUGCCACUGUCCAUGGAUGGGCUGCAUCUACAAGCACAAAUCGACAACUUUAUUAAUACACUCAGGGAGACCCCAAAUCUCUUGCUCCUGCAGGACUCCAAAAGACCACCUCCUGCGUUAGUCUUCAGCUGUCAAGUUGGAGUUGGCCGGACAAAUUUAGCAAUGAUCCUGGGAAUUCUCGUGCUGUACCACAGGACAGGCUUUCCUGAAAAGCUGGGAGCUGACCAGAACGGCAGUGUUAAAAAGAGGGAGCCGUUGCGGGUUAUACAAAACUUUGCCAAAGCCCUACCUAAAGGACAACAAAUUGUGGAAGAGGUGGAUUCAGCCAUCGUACACUGUUCCGAAAUGCACGACAUUAAAGAAACAAUCUAUGAAUACAAGCAGAAGUUGGAGGCCAUUGGGGAGACUUGCCAGGUCCAGGGAAAUGGUACCAAGGAAUAUUUUCUGCAGCGAGUACUACAGAGCACAGAGUGUUAUUUCUACCUUGUAAUUUUUAACUACUAUCUUCAUGAACAGUAUCCUUUGGCCUUUUCACUUAACUUCAGUAAGUGGACGUGCAGACACCCCUGGAUGUUCAGGCUCUUGGCUGGCAUGGAUGUGUCUGAGCUUACAGCACCUUGUGACUUGAUAACAAAAGGCAUCAGACUGUUGCAGAGUGCAGGCGAAGCUCCUGAUGUUCUCAGCACCGCGAGAGAAAUGAAAGUGGCCAAUUUUAGAAGGGUUCCAAAGAUGCCAAUCUAUGGCAUGGCACAGCCCAGUUUGGAGGCAUGUGGCUUGGUCCUGAGUUACCUGACGGAGAGCAAGAGGAACUACACCAACAUUCUUUGGAUGACUUUGCGAGACGAAGUGGUGCUGGAAGGGAACGGCCAAAUGUACACUCCUCGGGAACCAUCCUGCUUCGAGCGGCCAAUCCAUGUACCUACAGAGUCACCAGAGCAAUUGGAGGAACUAGAGAGCAGCCUUAAAAAUGAGAUCCUGGCAUCGCAGAAGUUGCUUGAAGUGCGCACUGGCCGGGAGAAGCAGAUGAAACUGUUUAAAAGCUGCCUCACCAUGCAGGAGAUAUUCAACCAGCUGAAAGGUUCCCAUCCAGGCCUGGUUUACAGACGUAUCCCCAUCCUGGACUGCGGCGCUCCGAGAGAAACGGACUUUGAUAAGUUGAUGGAAGCCGUAAAAAUGGUUUUGACAGAGGAUUCAUGUUCAGCGGUUGUCAUUAACUGCCACAGUGGAAAAGGAAGGACCACAACGGCCAUGGUGAUCGCUGUGCUCAUUUUCUGGCACAUCAAGGGUAUUCCCGAACACAACGAGGAUGAACUUGUGAGUGUACCCGAUGCCAAAUACACAAAGGGAGAAUUUGAGGUUGUGAUGCAAAUUGUUCGACUCCUACCCGACGGGCAUAAGAUGAAGCGGGAAGUGGACCUGGCGCUGGAUGCUGUGAGCGAGACCAUGACCCCCAUGCAUUACCACCUGAGAGAGAUCAUCAUCUGCACUUACAGGCAGAUAAAAACAGCUAAAUCGGAAAAAGAAGUACAAUUGCUGCAACUUCGAAGCCUGCAGUACCUUGAACGAUAUAUUUACCUCAUUCUCUUCAAUACCUACUUACAUCUUGAAAAGAAAGACACCUGGCAAAGACCUUUCAGCAUUUGGAUGCAUGAGGUUGCCGCAAAAGCAGGUGUUUAUGAGAUUCUGAAUCGCUUGGGAUUCCGUGAAUUGGACGAGCCUGAAAACAUGCCACUUUCAAGACUAUGCUACCGUUGGUUGCAACAAAGCACAAAUACACUUCCAUUCCGCGGAGAGUUUAUUUAGUUUGCGGACCAAUAAUUUACCAGUUGUACACAUUUACUUUCCCAAGGCUUUAGAAGUGCUUGAUUUAUCCUAACCAAAUAAUGCUGAAUAAGGUGGCAAAUGGGCUGUGGAGGGAAGCAGUAAGUGUGAUUAAUUCUGAGACUUUUGUAACAAAGAGCCAACACAGAGUAAUGUUUUAUGUUAAAAGAUCAAGUUGUCAUCAAGAAAUUUACAACACGAAACUCAGAGACUUCUUCAACCAAAACAAAAACAGGGCUUGAAUCACUCUCGUUAAGACAUACUGUUACUUCAUUCUUGGCGAUGGUCAAUUUAUUCAUUCUCUAACUAUAAUAAGGUAAUUUUGUCAGGCUUUCAUAGGUGAAUAUUACUACAAACUGAUAUCCUAAUUAGAGGUAGCAUUAAAAUAAUCAACCGUAAAGCAAAUAUGGAAUAUAAUUUAAAAAUGCCACUGAAAACAGCAUAUUCUGAAAGUCGAAUACAUAAUUGUUUCAAUUUUUAUCACAGAUCCACCCAUGCAUCCUUUAUUUUACAGGACUGCAAUGCACAUAUAUUGUAAACCAAGCUAACUUUCUGAUACAUAUCACGUAUAUUGUAGGAAAGAACUGUAGAUGCUGGUUUAAAUCGAAGGUAGACACAACUCAGCGGGACAGGCAGCAUCUCUGGAGAGAAGGAAUGGAUGACGUUUCGGGUCGAGACCCUUCAUCAGACUUCAGCCUGAGUUACUCCAGCAUUUUGCGUCUGCCUUCACGUAUAUUGUAGCUUGGAUUUUCAGAUCCAAACACUGCUGUGUAUUAAAUGCGGUACAUUAAAAUCCUCUGGAUACGUUGUACUUAUUUAGCACAAGAUAUAACAGAAACUAAAUGCAUUGCUUAAGUUUCUUAAUUGGAUUCCAGUUGCAAUUUCUUUCUCUCUAAUGAACUUUAUUGAUUUGCAGGUUGGUUUGGUACAUUGGCAGUUUUAUGCCAGUGCCGUUGAAUGCAAGAGAGUUAUCAAAAUCAGUUAUUUUCUGGUCCAAAGCUGAUCUGCUUAUCUCUGUUCCGCAUUGUAAAUAGGGAUAGAUUUUGGCUUUAAACAAGUAUAUACUUUAAUCAAAAUUCUUACAAUUAUUAUAAAAAUGUGUUAAAAUGUAAUUGCAUCUAAACAAUUAUUCAUUUUUUCAAAUGUGUUCACCCAAGUAUCCUUUUGAGGACAUGCACCUGCUUAAUCAACCAGUGAAUAAGAAUACUUUUGUCACAGUGGAAUUGUAAAUACAGUAAUUACUUUUUCUAAACUUAAGAGAGUUUAUGUAUUUAAAACAUUAUCAUGAAUAAUCUUAAUAGCAAUAGUUGCAUUGGAAUUUACUCCUUUAUUGUUUUUUUCUACCCCACAACCACUUUCUCCUAUGUAUAGAAUCUACCUGCUUUGGUAUUAUCUUUAUUUGUUAUUUCAGCUAUUUUAUCAAACUAAAUGUAGAAAAUUGUAUGGUUUUCCAAUGCAGAAAAAAAUAACAUUACAACUGCAAUUUAAUUGAACUGCAGUAUGUAACCAUAAUGUAUCAAAUCUGGAACAGUCUGAAAUUUAUUCUUAAUGCUGGUUUUGUGGUUUUUGUCUUUUCAUGUUUUGCAAGAAUUUGGCUACCUUUUCCACCUAACGGUUCUUGUUAGUUGUCUGUCAGUGCUACUCAGGCACAGACAUUAAUGGAAUAAAAAAGUGAAUGCUUUUUAAUGUCAAUUACAAGACGAUAACGAUUGUGGGAUCAUUAUUUCCAUACGUAUGCAGCAGUCAUCGCAGCAGCUCGAGUUCUGCCAAAUAACAUACCUUUCCAUUCCAGCUGGAGAGGGAUCAGUGCUGAAUCUUGCCAUGGGCUAUUGGUUUAGUUUGAAAUUAAAUGGAAGCACCAAGACUCUGCUGGGAAUGGGAAGCAGAUGUAUGGGGGAGAAGAAAUAAAUGUUGAGGCCUAAAUACAUACAUUCGGGAUUAAAUAACUCAAAAAUACACACUGUACCCUUUUUGCUGAACUAGAUGGUAUGAUACUGCACGUUGGGUAAUUUGUCACCAAGGCUGUUCAUCUCCAUUAGCUCCCAAACUAGCAGAAGGACUUACAUUUUCUUUAAUGCUGAUUUACCUUUUAUGUUCGAGACAAUGACUACCACAUUUUUACCAGCAUUCUAAAUUUCAAUACUGUUUUAGUGAGAUUGAGGAGUAGCUUUGAUGCUGGCUUUAUAAAUGUGGUUUAUAUGCAGAUGUUCCCAAUCAUGUCAUCCGUGGAAAUGUUGAAACAAUCUGAAAAGCAGCAAAUAUCAUCCAGAUCAGCAGCAACAAAAUAUUUUUGUUUGUUUCAUUAUCCUGUUACAAAAUGACAAACUGAUACGUGUUGUAGUGUUUACAAUUUUGUUCUGAUUGCAGAUUAACUAUUUAAAGGGUCAUAGCAAUAUAGCUUUCAGAUUUGCAGGGCUUUUGCAUUUAAUACUGCCACAAUUCUUCAAUUAACCAUUAUCCACCUCUUGGCAGGAAACUUCUAAGUUAUAUUGCGCAACUAAGUUGAGAUGGUCAACAGUCUUAUGUGUUGUGAUACAUUGGUCAAAAUCAUAUGUUUGUUAUUUUAAAUCUGAAAACUAGAGCCAGUCAACAGUUGAAUUGAAGAGAAGCUGCAAAGAUAGCUCAUACUGAGGACAAGCACAUUUUAAGAGAAACAAAGGUAGACAAAAUUGCUGGAGAAACUCAGCGGGUGCAGCAGCAUCUAUGGAGCGAAGGAAAUAGGCAACGUUUCGGCCCGAAACCCUUCUUCAGACUGAAUCUGAGUCUGAAGAAGGGUUUCGGCGCGAAACGUUGCCUAUUUCCUUCGCUCCAUAGAUGCUGCUGCACCCGCUGAGUUUCUCCAGCAUUUUUGUCUACCUUCGAUUUUCCAGCAUCUGCAGUUACUUCUUUAAGAGAAACAAAUGUCAUUGUCAUAUUAUGUUAUAUUUUGCGAUGUGCUGAUAACAUGGAAAUGUGGGAAAUAUGUUUUAGAUUCAGCUCCAGUUACAAUGUCUAGGAGUGGUAAUCAGACAUCGGGCUUGAAUAUUAUAGUUCAAGUUCUUUUAAUCACAGUCCGCCAAAAUGUGAGAAGGCCAUGGGCAAAAGUUCUAAUCAAGAGACUUGAGUGCAUAAUCCCCGUUGACACACAAAUGCACUCUCGAGGAGGAUCUGCAGUGGCAAUGAUGGUAUUUUUACAUGCCACAUUAAGUUGAGGUCUCAUCUACGCUUGGUAAUGAAAAAUGUUCUAUUUCAGGACGACCAGGGGUUUCAAUUAAUGUUCCAACUCUGCAAGCCCUCCUAAAACUGAUCAUCUUAUCACAUUUUCUGGAGUCACACCAUGCUCAAACUGGCUAUUGCAUUUCUUCUCUUAGAAUAAUUACUGCUCUUUAAACAUACUUAUUGGCUGUAUUUUGGGACAUCUAGAUGUCAUAAUGCAGGAGUUUUUCAAUGCAGUUUUAUUUUUCAAAUUCAGUUGACUACCCACAUGGAAUAACUAACAUGAAGAUGAAUUUGAUGAAACUAUUUUAGACCUGUUUAAGUUUGGUACCUCUCAACCAUAAGUCUAUUGACGGAAGCACAAAGGAAAAUGAAAUAUAUUUAACAUAUGCAGUUUGGUGUAGUUUAACAUGUAUAAUGGUUUUAUUAUUUGUUUGCUCAAUUUGUCAGAUAAAUCCAUGCUGCCAAAUGUGACUCAGUGCCAUAUACAUUUUUGCCUGGUAUGCUCACUUGAAAAUCAGAAAAUAAAUUUUACACAUCAAAAGAAAA